GCUGGUAAGCCUGGUAUAAAUAGGGCUAACAAAUGCGUUUGGCUAACAGCUGACUACCGUACGAAGCCAUAUGCAUAGUGCUGUGGCUGUUGUCGGACAGAUGGCUUGAUUAAACGGAACCGUUGUCACGGCGUUGUAUUUUUAUUUUUUAGUUCUAAUAACUUUUGCGAGAGAAUCUGGGAGGUAUUAAUCGUUUUUUAACUGAUUUACUGAAAACCUGGAAUCGUAGGAAUUUGGAAAUUUAUGUUCGUUAUCGUGGUGGUGGGUCCUAACUACUGAUUGGGAAACGGGAUUCUGAGAUUUGCGCGUAAGAACGAAGUUGGAGCUGAUUUUGGCUUUGACUGUCGUUGUGGCUUCUCGAAAUUCCGAAGUGACCGUUAUCGUUGUUCUGUUUUGCUCCACUUUAUGUUUGCCAUCCCUCCUGUAAAAUCCGCGAUUCGUUAGGAAUAAAUUGACUUUAACAUGGACAAUGACCAUAACUAUCAGCUGGACGCCGACGAGGAUCCCUUAAUAUAUCCGUUCAAUCCCGAACAGAACGGCGAACCUGGCUUCCCGGUCGACAUCGAUUUCGGCGUCCAGGACCAGGAACUGCAAGAUCUGGAAAUUAAUUAUUUCGAUGAUCACCCCAACGGUUACAAGGAGACGAGAGCUUCCAAGAGAACCCGAGCGCAGGUUCCAGAAAACUUCCGGAAUGGCGCUACCGCUUGCAUGGAGCAGUUUGUUGAGAACGUGCGGCAGAAAGUUCGCAGUCCACUGGUUACGGAAAAUAUGAAAAAGCUCUGCGAGCUUAUUCAGGAAUCUUUUGAAGAAUAUCUGGGACUGCAUCGAGACCCAACAGAAGAUAUUAAUUCGGUGUCGGUCGUGGAGUGUCCAAAGCUGCAUUUCCUGUUGGAAAAAUUUGGUACAAUCCACGGUGACCACGAUAGCGAUGAGGAGAUUAGCGAAUUUUACAAAACGCUUGCCAAGCACUUUGUCGUCGUCGCUGACGAUGCCGAUAUGCAGUAUUAUGGCUGCGUUAUAUUGUACUCUGUGAUGCAAGGUUUUUGGGCCAGUUCACCCGAAUACGCAAAGAUAUUUUUUGAAAAUGAAAUAUUUUUCCCAUUUAUGCACUUCAUGCAUACCAAUCCACCAGGUGAUCCCGUGCUCCGCUUACCUGCUCGACAUCAAACGGAAAUUCGAGCCAUAUUAUGCGGAUUAUACGGAACGCUGUUUGAGCGAGCUACCCUGGAAGAUUUCACUGUGAAUUUUGGCGUCAUUCGAAAAUUGUUACCGGGACACCUUUCACAACUCCGCAGUUAUAUAGCGACUUUGAAACCUUCUGAACCAUCCGAUGCGCGCCCGGAACCGCCGCCAGUUUUCAGUACGCCUAAUGUUCCGACAACGUCCCAGCGAUCCGGUACUAAGCGGCGAUUAGACCGGACAAAGAGUGUUUUGGAUUCUGGCAGUUCGACACCCUCGUCAAGUCGCCGGAAAAAGGCCAAGCUCACGACUUCGACUGAUGUUGUUAGAUUAAAUAUUGAUGAAACGUCUUCUUCUUCUUCCUGGGCUGAAUAUGAAAGGCAUCAGAUCGGUGAACUAUCCCAAAACUUCCGAAUCUUACCCACCAUGGACGAAAAACUUGAAAUUCGAUUGACUUUGGAUUUGCUGGUCGGUCUGGCGUCUGUUCGUGAUUUUGAUACCACUUUCCAGGAAGUGGAUGUUUUGGGAUUAUGCUUUGAUUUCUUGGACGCCCGAAAAAAAUUAACUAUUCGAGUUAUGGGCCAGGCGAUACAUUUGCUCGCCAAUCUUGUACGGAAUUCUCGCUUUGGUACCAGGCUGUUGGAAACACCAUUACGCUUUAUUCAGAUGAUGAAAAUCCCCAAGCCAUCCAUUCCUUCCGUCUUUGUUGUGAAGUUGUUCGCUCACGUUGUCUCUUCUUCUGAAUACGCGCUGGAAACAAUGGUAAAAUAUCCUGACCUUGUCCAGAAUACGACAGCUUUCAUGGUCGAAUAUGGACUGCAAUCUGGACAUGAGUCAGCUCGAAAAUGGGCAGCAAAAUUUUUUAUUUAUGCCCUGAAGUUUCGUGCUUUUAUCGAUACCUUCGACGAGCCGAAAGUGGACGGUCUCCGCACUUUGUUAAACAUGAUUGGUCGCUAUGAUUAUUUAUGGCAAAAUGAAUUAGAACGGCAGUUAUCGGACGAGGAACAGCUGAUGUCCGCAUCGGAUGCGUUGCAUCUGCUCUAUCAAGUGUUAAACUGCUAUUUUACAACUGAUAUGAUUAUCAAGGCUGAAUGGUUUCGCCAAGAUCUUCUGCGUCGGGCUCGUGAGAAUAAAAAGGAAAUAGCUCUGGAAAGCAAAUUUCCCCGCAUUGCACCAAAUAAGGUUUUCUUUUUGGAAAAAGAGGAAAUGGAUGAUCUUCGAGAUUUCCUCUUGGCUCACGUCCCUUUGUGCCGAAUUCGAACACGGCGGGAUCGUAUACUGCGCUUUGUACAGUUUGAUGGUGUUACGCGUCUUCUGAGGCUGCUGGAACUCGACAAGUUUACGAUGAUAACCAACAGAGAGUUCACUGUUGUUCCGUUUCACAAGAUUGGAUUAGAGAUUCUGGAAAAAUGCGUCCUGUCAAAAUGUGCUCAGGAUGCGAUCAUCAGCUACACGACUUCGGAUCAGUCGUUUCCGUAUACUGGAUUUGGGAUGUUGAUCGACAUGUCGGUGAAGUAUUCGUCCAGUGAUACGAGCGAUGUGAAAAAAAGUGCCGAUACCGCAGUUAAAAAGUCUGCGUUGGAUGUUUUAUGCAAUUGUAUCUUCGGAAUGCGAACUGGGAAAGAUCCAGAGGAGAGUGAGCUGACGGAGAGUCAAGGGAAAAGUCGACCGUUCUAUAACGAUCCGGAACAUUUUAAGCAGAUGGUGAACAUAUUUCGACGACAUAAAUGUGUGGAAAUGAUGCGGCGAGUCAUCCAUGAAGCCGAAGAUCCUGAAGAGGAACUGCUUCGUACAUUAGCUUGUAAAAUUCUUACCGGUAUGGCAGCAUCGCCUUCAUGUCGACAGGUUAUGAGAGAGUUGUCGUUUUUCCGAUCUGGAGAAAUACAAGUUCUCAUGCGCGAGCCUUUAACCAUUGAUGGGAGCAAGGAAUUCGCCAACUUUGAAAAAGCCGCGAAAGAAAUGCUGGAAGCGGUUUUCGAGACAAAACUGAGGACGCCAAUUCCACCCAGCCUCCCGGAAGCGGUUUUAAGACAAGACAUUCUUAGACGAACUCGCAUUACGUUUAGCUCUCAAGAAAUCGAUUUGUUAUUGUUGGAUCAUUUGGAAAAUCGUGGCUUGAACACGACGGCAAACUGUUUAAAAAGCGAAGCGGGUUUGAAUGAGCCAAGUUCGGUGGUUGCACAGCCGACUAAAGCGAAGUCUCGCCGGUCCAUUUAUCCGAGUUUGAUUCGAGUGGGAACUCGGUCCAUCAACGUUACCGGGGAAGAUUCGAACGGUGGAAAUAUACUGGGACAGCGAAAUUUUAUAUUAGAUGCGACGGAUGCCUCGACCAUGGUUGUGCCAGGAUAUCCUGAUUUAGUUGGAAUUGUAGCGAAUAAUUUCCGCAGUGAGCAUGCCCAAUGUGAAUAUCCCAUCGCUGUAUGUCCGCCUUUUUCUCUGAAAAAACGGCACCGGUGUCCAAAUCCGGUAGGAAUUCUGAACGCUCCGUAUAACAUUAGUCAGAGGUUAAGCAUGCGAGGCGGUCGUGGAGAUGAAACUCAGUGGGGACGAUCGCUGGAUCGUCGAUAUAUAUUUGGAAAGUUGAGACCGGUUUGCAACUUUGGGUUGCCAGCGGAUGCAGGCGUUUUUGACCCGGAAGGCGGACUUCUAUCGGCGGCGUUCAUGGGUGUACAGCAGAAUAAAAUUGUUACGGGAACGAUGGAUGGAUACGUGGUUGGAUAUAACAUUUCUGAACCAUCUAAGCCCACGUUCUAUCGAGCUUGCCACGAGUUCGAAUGCGAAACUCAUCAUCUCGCAAUGGUUCCCACGUUUCCUGCUUGUGAUGUUUUUGUCAGCUGCUGUUCGUCUAUAUCGUCGACAUUGUGGAAAUUGCGACCGGGUGGAUGUGACGUUAUUAAGCAGUAUCCUUCCGUGGAAUAUAUGACGUUUCCUCAUUUCCAUGAUAAUAUUGCUUUGGGCUGCGAAAUGGAGCAGUUGUCACCGGCUUAUACAAUAGAUCUGGAAACCGGCAAUAAAAUUUUGACGUUUUCCGAACCGAAGUUACAAGGCCGAUACGUCAAGAAUCGCCCGAGUUUUCAUCCUAGUGAUGAUAUGGUGACGCAUGAUGGACUGCUCUUUGAUGCCCGUUCAGGCAAACUUAUCCACCAGUUUGAUCAGUUCGAGCGGCACACAUCGAACGGGGUUUUUCAUCCAGAUGGGAACGUCAUUAUAAUUGAUGAACAAGUCUGGGAUUUAAGGACUUUUAAACUGCGCAAAAGUGUGAUGCAGUUGCGGCAGAGCCUGUUAAAAUUCAACGCAACGGGUGACGUAUUGUACGCCGUCCAUUACGAGAAACAAGUUGAUGAUUUGGAGCCAACAGUUUACGAAUUCCCUGGUGGUUUCACAACGGUUGACUCAAAGGAUUAUUCAACUAUUGCUGGUAUUGAUCUCAAACGAAAGUUCCAGUGUUUAACUCUGGAUACACUGGACAACCAUAUCUUCUUGGGUGAAUCUUACAGCGAAAGCCUCGGUGCGUAUGGAAGAUUAUUUCAGAUCGGUGUGGACAAAGGGGAUGAGGAGGAAGAUCUGGAGAAAACCGACGAUGAAGAUGACGAUCAUUUCGGCGAUGACGAUGACGAUGAUGAUGAUGAGGAAGAUAUGACGGCCAUCUUCGAUGAUGACUAUGGAGACGAAAUGGACUGGGAAGAGGUGGAGGACGAUGAUGCUGCGCCAUCACCUGAGAACGAAGAGGAUGAAUGGACAACUGAUGAGGAGGCGGGUAACAAUGACGAUGACAACGAUGAUGACGAUGUGGUAUAUGAAGUUGGUAAUCAUGUCGAUUACGAACCUGACUGAAGUUCGCAUUAAUUGUGUUUAAUGGCUUAAUGGGGAUAACGCUGGGAGCACAAGUUUUGCUGUCAGUAGUUUCGUACAUUCUCAAAUGCUGUAUUUUGAAAUGUGUAAAUUACGUACCAGACUGUGAUGGUUCCGCCUUGGGCUUGCUCCACUUUGAUUCUUUUAUGGUUAUACGUUUUCGAAGCUUUUUGCUAUGCAUUUUGCGGAUUGUUUGUGUUACGUGUGUACUAAUAAAAGUUGUAAUUUGCUGGUAGUUUCAUAUU